AACACGAAAUUGGUAGAGUAGAGUCAUGCCUGUCACUGCUCAUCGACCCGCGCAGUCCACGUGUCCUGUCGCAAGAACGCUGGUGCAAGCGCAGCUCCCAUUUGCCCCAGACAGCAAGCCACGGGCUCAGCUCAAGAUUAUGAGACCUAGCAUAGCGUUCACUGCAGGGUGUGAGUGAAUGCCAGCACGUAAGGGGCUACCCCGGCACGGGGUGAGGCUUAUGGCUUGAGUGUGUCCCUCGUGCCAAGUAUUUAUUCCAUAGGCGGCCAGACAUACCGGCAACACUCUGACCUUUCGCAUCGACAUUUUCCAACCACAACAGCAACGCAAGCAAAUCAAGAAGCACAGGUCGCGCCUCUUCAAACCGCUGUGUUCCGAAGUUGUCGUCACACAAUAUCACUGUGUCGAUGCUGGCAGUACUCCAUUUUGUCGAGUACCACUGCCGCACACCAUGACCACGAACGACGACGACGGUCUAGAGCAAGAUCCUCCAACCAAGUUUGAGGACGGCGUAUUCAAUGGCGAGUCUGAUUCAACCGCCGGUAGCUCUGAUCCCCAACAAAUCGCCACUCUUCCGUCAAGCCAGUCUAAUCUCUCUUCAGAGGCGCAAAAGCUCGUUGAUCUACAGGCUGAGGUUCGUUCUGUGAUCGAACCGUUCAGAAAGCCCGACAAGAAGCCGCCUUUUUCGCUAGCUGAGAUCGUCGUCAUAUGCCUCGUCAUCAUGGGAGAGCUGAGCAAGGAAGCCAUCCACUUCUGGAUGGUGACCAAGUUUCGCUACUAUGCGCAAAAAGCCCUGGCGUUCCACACCAAACUCGGUGGGGCAUCUGUCGGCUGGGGACCAACAGAGGAGAUCUCUGUCGAGUUUGAGAAGAUCUUCUCCGAACUUGAUCUGCCGAUUCAUCGCAAGAUAGAUGGCAAGAAGCUUCCUGAGGGCGACCCUGUCAAGUUCCCGACGUCCGAUGGUAGCAAGUGGGCAUUGAACUCGCUCAGUGCGGCGCGUGGCUACCUGCAUCGCUUCCUUCGCGCAUCUUCUAGCCAACACUUCCGUCUUAUGGACCUGCCGACCGAGCUGCGAUUGCGUAUUUACGAAAUGGCACUGCUCCUGCCCAGAUCUGGCGUCAAUGUCAACACGGGGCCUUACGUGGAGCCGACAUUCUCUACUUUCUCCAAGGACUAUGAGAAGCCCUUUCCGGGUCUUUCCAGAUGGCCUGGUCGCAUCACGGUGUGGCAGUUGCCACGAGUCUCUAUUCGAUGUUCACCUCCAGCGCUCCACUUGGCAUUGCUCCAAGUCAGCAAGCAGAUCUACCAAGAGGCCAUGCCAGUGUUCUACGGAGAUAACCUGUUCGUAUCUGAGAACAUCGGACGCCUGCGUGAUUUCCUCAAGAGAACGCCAGAAGCCCGUCGAAUGCACAUCCGUUACCUCGCAUUUUCAAUCGAAGUAGGAUUCAAAGCCGAGCUUUCCAAAGUCGCCAAAAUGGUCGCUGCACUGCCUUACCUCAAGGAACUCGAUAUCUGGAUUGAUGAAGAACACUUCAAGAGCGUACAGGUUUCUACAGCUGGCCUCCCUGGAUUCAGAAUAUCGGGCUUCACUGCCUUGCGUUCGAUCCCUAGCCUCAUAGACAUCCGGCUCCACGGCAACUGCCCAACCAUUCAGGAGGCUCUCGAGAAGCUGAAGGAGGAGGCGAAGGCGAAGGCAAAGGCAAAGGAGAAGGCGGAGAAGGAGAAGGCGAACAAGAAGUUGAGGGCUCCCCGCAAGCGCAAAGCCAUCGCUCCAACUGAGGAGAAGGAAAAGGCUCCCCGCAAGCGCAAAGCAAUCGCUUCAGCUGAAUCACAGGUCGUGGAGCCAGGAAUGUCUCUUCAGAGCGGAUUUGCGAGUGGGCUUGUGUCUGCUGAGGGUGGUCCUAGGCGUUUGGCCGUACCCAUGUCUCUUGAGGGUGAUCCUUGGGGUCUGGACGAGCUCGUACCUGUUCAGGGUGGCUCUAUGGGUCUGGGCGGAAUCGCAGCUGUUCAGGGUGACAAUGAGUGGCUGAGCGGAAUCGUCCCUGUUCAGGGUGGCCCCAUGGGUCUGGGCGGAACUGUAUCUGUUCAGGGUGCUCCUAGGGGUCUGAACGGAAUCCUACCUGUUCAGGGUGGCACUAUGGGUCCGGGCGAGAUCGUCCCUGUUCAGGGUGGCUCUAUGGGUCUGGGCAGCAUCCUACCUGUUCAGGGUGGCUCUAUGGGUCUGGGCACGAACGUACCUGUUCAGGGCGGUCCAAUGGGUCUGGGGGGAAUCGUCCCUAUUCAGGGUGACAUCAAGGGGUUAGGUGACUCCAUGCCCGUCAAGCCUGUUCACCAGGGCCCGCUUGGAUACAUGUCCGUUGAGACUCACCUUGGGGUUCUGGAUGAGUUCAUACCUGUCCCAUAUGGUCUCGGAGGUUUGGAUGGACACAUGCCGGCUCAGUAUGACCUUGCGGAGUUGGGCGAUAUGAUACCUGUUGAUGGUCAGGGUGACGGUGAUGGUCAAUGGCCAGUGUAUACUCCGUGGUGGCCGUGAGUUGAGCAGGAGCAUUCAAUGCACAACAGCAAGAAACGCGUUGCGCGUGCUGCUUAGCAGUGAUGGGCCACAAAAAGCACAACCCCACACCUCCCCUGAACGGCGCGAAGACGACAUGAAGCAUAUGAUACCCCCAAGGCGACUCACAGAACGACACAAAAAGCACGAAAAUGAAAUUGUGACCAGCAGGACAGGACCGUUGGCAUUGAAAGGAAAUUGGACAGCACUUGGCAAUUACUUGUUGGCCACGUCUUGCUUGGAAGGAGAUUGGUAGACGACGACGACCAGGCUCAAACGCAGCGCGACGCGCGAAGAGCUUCUGAAAUCGCAAGUGCACAGACAUAAGUCAUGCAUGCAGCGAGGUCCAAAAACGAAUGAAAAUCAGAUUAAAUGCAUCCAAAACCCGUGACAAAGUGCCACGAAUGCUCAUUA